UCUGGUAUGUUGCUAGAAAAGGUGUUUCCACUCAUAAUUAGCUAAAGAGCGGAUGCUUGUGCGUGCUUGCUCAUUUUGUGCAGCUGUCGGUGUUGUGGAGGAAAUUAGUGUGCUUGUAGAGUCGGUCGUUGCAUUAUCGGUGCCGUGUUGUCGCGGCUAAAAUCAGUCGUUCCGUACAAAGAUCGUUGGUGAACGAAGAUCGUUGCUAUCACGCAUUGUUCAGCUACGAUCUUUUGCGUUUCGUUUUCUGAGAGCAAUAAUGAGCGGGACGCUCCAGAUGUGCAAAGUCAUGCAGCCCAUUGUCGUCUAAAAUGUUAGAUGUAAAGAUGCCUAAAACGUUGUGUGUGUCUGUGUCUGUACAUUUGCAGGGAAUCAUGCUCGUUUACGACAUCACAACUGUAAAGUCAUUUGAUAAUAUCAGUGAGUGGAUUAGAGACGUUGACGAGCAUGCAGCAGCAGACGUCUUGAGGAUGAUAUUGGGGAACAAGUGUGACAUGACGGAUGAACGAAAAGUCAGUAGAAAGGAAGGAGAAACGCUGGCAGCAGAGCACGGCAUCAAAUUCAUGGAAACGAGUGCCAAAACAGGCCAAGGAGUCGAAGAAGCCUUCUACACUCUAGUUAGAGACAUCAAAGCAAAAAUGGACCAAAUAUUGGAUCCAUUGAUGUCUCGUGGUGGUAGUUUGGGUGGAGUGACGGUGACGGCACAGAGGCCGACUGACAGACCUCAACUGUUGUGCUGCACUUUGAUAUAAACGAAUUGGACUGUGGGUUGUAUAAUAGCAGAGCACUGAGACGAGUGAUGGUGUAGAGAGGGGCCGCUCUGAUAGUUUUAGUGACAGACAUUGUGAUUUCACUUCGUUUUUGUAUACAAUAGCUGUGGGUAUAUUGGGUAUUGUGUUUGGCACCUUGUAUUGUUGUAAACUAUGGGAGACGCAAAGAGAAGGAAGG